AUGGAAACAUCCGAAUCGCAGCUCGCGCUCGCACGACUUAGUAGUGUGAUAUCGGAUAACGGUGCCGAGGUGCAGUUUGGUCAGGACGGACCCGCUAGUAGCACUGCCUCUACGAAAAUCGCGAUUCAUUCGCCGAACGAUACGCAACCGGACGAAAAUGUGGCGGUCAAGACCUUUUGUAAUCGGCGCAGAUGCUCGUGCGUUUUGGUAACUUUGUUAUUGUUUGUCGUCCUGGUCGUUAUGUCCGUGGCGUUGGCUUUAACGUCGAAGCAGUCGGGCGUACCGGCGUGUGUGUCUUUGUGUAACUCAACCGCUAAUGAAUCCUCAGCAUUUCCGAUGACAGACGUAGAAAGGGAAAACUCGACUGUUAGUAUGAAUAUGACUGGGUACAUUUGGGAGGAGUCCCGUUUACCCUUUUCCGUAAUUCCGACAUUUUACCAAAUCCUCCUUAAUAUCGAUAUAAGCUCUAGACGAUUUGCAGGAAAAGUUGAAAUAGAGAUAUUGUGCCAACAAACAACCAACUUGUUAAUUCUGCAUGCCCACCAGAUAAAUAUCGAGAAUACUGUCGCCAUGGUGAUGGAUCUACACACUGGGGCUAACUUGACCAUUAUAGACAGAUUCCAAUACGCCCUGUAUCAGUAUGACGUCAUCGUUCUGCAAGAGCAACUGGAAACAAACUCCCGUUAUCUGCUGACCAUAUCAAACUUUUCAGCGCUGUUAUCGGAGAACUACGAGAAUUUUGCCGGAGGUUUUGGACUGUAUCUGUCGUCCUAUGAGUCUCCGACGAACGGGACCAGCUUUUGGAUGGAAUCGGGCAGGCUUGAUGCAGUCAGACUUGUACUCGGCGACAACUGCAUUCACAGUCCUCCAGUCGUUGUUGUCGACGGCGGCGGCGGCGGCGGCGGCGACACCAUGGCGACUUCCCCAACGACAACGCAAGUACAGACGUUUCCAUCGAACAAUUUAAACUACGGCUGUAACAAGCAAGUCAAGGACCUCGAAGUGCGCAUCACAGAGUUUCAACCCCACGCCAAUGGACUUUACCUUUCGCGUUAUAAGGCAGCUUUUCUAGCUACCUCCAUCCUUCUUCUGUGCCUCGCCGUGGUACUACUUGUAGUGUUUGUCAUGAAAGAACCAGCAUGCAUUGACGGUCCCAUUGCCACGCAACCACCCACCAAAAGUGUAGCCGCUGUAUUAGGGGAUCCCUCGUGGCAUAGUUACCGCCUGCCUACAACUUUAAAACCUUUGUUUUAUAGGCUUGAAUUGCACCCUUUCAUCGAAAAGGAAUACUUAAGUGGUAGGGUCGAGAUAACCCUGACAUGCUUGCGCCCAACUAAUUUUAUUCUUCUCCAGAGUGACUUUUUGGAAGUGACAUCAGCUACUUUAGAAUCAAACAAUCCAGCACAACAUUCGCCGAGCAUCGUCGAUGAUCCGGUAUAUUCCGAAAUAUACAGUUACGUUUUGUUUAAAUUAGACAGUGACCUCGUGGAAGGUGGACAAUACACAAUUCAUAUUGAAUAUUCGGGAUAUAUACUGUCCGAUGUUGGUCUUUAUAGAACGGGGUACAUUGAUGACAAUGGAGAAAAUAGGUAUCUGGCGGCAUCGUUUCUAUCGCCAGUGUCGGCCAGGAAAGUGUUUCCGUGUUUCGACGAGCCAAGCUUCAAAGCUAAUUUCAGCAUCACCCUUAUUCACGAAGCAAAGUACAUUGCGCUGUCGAACAUGCCGGAGAAACUGUCGCCGUACGGUAAAGAGAAAAGACAAGACGGGUUGAUAGCGACGCAUUUUGAGACUACCCCAAAGAUGUCUACCUAUUUACUAGCGUUUAUUGUGUGCGACUUUGCACAUAGGGCCACCGUAUCUAACCACGGACGUGUCGAGUUCCGGGUGUGGGCACGCAAAGGAGCCAUGGACCAGGUAGCGUACGCGUUAGACAUUGGACCAAAGAUAUUCACGUAUUUAGAGAACUAUGCGUCCAUACCAUAUUCCUUGCCAAAAAUGGAUAUGAUAGCAUUGCCGUCGUUGGUGGCCACUGGAAUGGAAAACUGGGGGCUGAAUACGUUCAGGGAAAAUGUGUUACUUUACAAGGAAGAACUGUCAUCGAGUCGGGAUAAACAAUGGAUUGCACUCCUUAUUGGCCAUGAACUCAGUCACCAGUGGCACAGCAACCUUGUGACGCAGGCGUGGUGGGACGAACUCUGGUUGAAAGAAGGCUUCGCCACCUUUAUGGGAUUAAAAGCUGUGGAUUACGUUCAUCCGGAUUAUCAAAUGAUAGCGCAGCAAUUUCUUUGUGACGAUUUGCAUAAUGUGUUUUUAUUGGAUUCAUUGUCGACGUCACAUCCGGUUAACCAACACGUCGACACUCCCAGUGAAAUCUUGGACAAUUUUGACAUGAUUGCGUACCAAAAGGGUUCAGCUUUAGUCAGAAUGAUGUACUUCUUUCUUGGCGAGGAAACAUUUACUCAGGGUUUAUUUAAAUAUUUGAACGACAAUGCUUAUGGGAGUGCAACAUCUCAGGAUCUAUGGGUUGCAAUGGAUUGGGCUGCAAAAAAGAAUGAUUUACCAGUGGAUGUGCCUACAGUUAUGGAUAGAUGGCUUCUACAAAUGGGUUACCCACUAGUGACGAUCACACGAGACUAUCGCAACAAACGGGCAACCAUUAGUCAACGUCAUUUCCUAAUUGAUAAAGGCAUUAACGGAACGGUCAGAGAAUCUCCCUAUGAUUAUUCAUGGCACAUUCCAGUAACGUAUACGUAUGGAGGGAAAGAAAGAUUCUCAGAUGCUUUCCAAACGUGGCUGAUAACAGAAAAAAAAAUUGUUGAUUUGUCGAGUGUUGACAAUGAUGAAUGGGUGGUGGCUAAUGUUAACCAAACGUAUUACUACAGAGUGAACUACGACAUGGACAAUUGGAACCUAAUUAUAGACCAACUCAAAACCAAUCAUGAGGAUAUAUCAGUGAGCCAAAGAGCCGCUUUGAUCGAUGACGCUUUUAAUUUAGCUAAAUCCGGAGAACUGAGUCAAAUAAUUGGCUUCCGACUCACUGAAUAUCUACGAAAUGAGACUGAAUACUUGCCAUGGAGAACAGCGAUGAGAGUGCUUGGGCACAUCGAUCAACUUCUAGGGCAUACCGUUGCAUAUGGCGUAUUCCAGAAAUACAUGCUUAAACAAGUUGAGUGGUUGUAUGAGAAAGUUGGGUGGAAUGAUACAGGACUUCAACUCGAAAGGUAUCACCGUAUCACUAUACUUGGCGUGGCGUGUCGCUAUGGACAUGCUGGGUGUAUCCAGAAAGCCAGCGAUCUCUACGCUGAUUGGAUGGAGGGGAGAAUUAGUAUCGCCCCCAAUUUGCAGAAGAUAGUGAUUUGUGGUGGAAUAGCCGCUGGCGGGCUUGAAGAGUGGGACUAUGCAUGGCAGAUGUAUAAGGAAUCCAAUGUAGCUUCGGAGAAAUUAAUGUUUUUGGAAGCAUUGGCUUGCUCUGGGGAACUGUGGAUUUUAAGUAGGUACCUGGAACGGACUUUAGACACAAACGAAAUUCCGUUGAUGUUGGCGUUAGAUGUUUAUAAAUCAGUUUCUUCCAACCACUUAGGGAGCUACCUUAUGUGGGAUUUCUUCAGGGAGAAGUGGAGCAUUAUUGUCAAUAGGUACGCCGGUGGACUGUUUCAAAUCGCCCCACUUGUCGAAUCUAUAACAUCAAGUUUUGACACAGAGACCAAGCUACAAGAGCUGCAACUUUUCAUCGACACACAUGUGACUAAGAAGGAAGACAUCGACUCCGGCGUGUUCGCGGGUGGCAGUAGUUUCCUGUCGGCGAUCGAUAAAACCAAAGCUAAUAUCAAUUGGUUGAAGUCCAAUCAAUCGCCUGUACGGGAAUGGCUUCUUGAAGCAAGCCGCGAUGGGUACAAGUUAGCUAAAUUUGCUGGAAUGAUAGCGGAUUUGGAGUGA